AUGUUGCUGACAACUGUGAACUUUGCCAAGAGCAAGUCAAAGUCCAUCCUUGUGAGGAUGCUGAGUGCAGCUGGAAGUGACUAUUGCUUCAAUGCAAAGAGGAGCCGACUACAGGAAAAACUGGUCCUGAGAAAACACGAUCCUAUAGUGAACAAGCAUUUCCUUUCCUCUGUAAAGAAGAAAAACAAGUCAAUCUGA